UAAAACAUACAAAUCAUAUAUACAGAAAAUUUCAGUGAAUAUAUAAACUUGAGCUGGCUAUAUCGAAAAGGAAUGAUGAAGGCGGUAUCAAUUGAAUCUGGAGAAGCAUCCAAGGCUAUAGGGCAUCAUGGAGUGAACAGAGGAUUAUCUAUAUUUGAUCUAAUUUUACGUAUUGUUGCAAUUGUUGGAACAUUGGCAGGUGCUGUGGCAAUGGGAACUGCUGAGCAAACUCUUCCUUUUGUCACACAGCUUGUGCAAUUUUCGGCUCAAUAUGAUGACUUUGAGACAUUUAAGUUGUCCGUGAUUGUGAAUGCAAUAGUGUGUGCGUAUCUUGCUCUUUCUCUCCCAUUUUCCAUCUUUCACAUUAUGAGGAGCAGAGCAGGAAAAAGUCGGAUUUUGCUCAUCUUCCUAGACGCGAUAAUGUUGGUUCUUCUCACAUCUGGAGCUUCUGCAGCAGCCGCCAUUGUGUAUUUAGCACAUAAUGGGAAUUCUUCUGCAAACUGGUUUUCAAUUUGCCAACAGUAUACAGAUUUCUGCCAGCGUUCUGCUGGUUCUCUCAUUGGCUCCUUUGGCGCGAUGGUGUGUCUUGUUCUCCUUAUCAUUUUGUCAGCUGUCGCGAUAUCCAGGCGCUAAAUGUUACCACUGGCUAGCUAGUCUAAUUAGUAUUUCUAUGUCUGUUGUGUUUGGGGUGACCAAAAUUUCAUGACCUGGAUUUUGUAUGCUUCACUACCUGUAAUUUAUAUCAAAAUCGUCAGUUCUACACUCUUUAAGUAUGGUUUGAUCACAAAUGAACAUAUUUCUGUUUUCUACCA